AUGUCAAGUGGAUCUGUGAGACGGGUUUCUCGGGAAGAUAUCCAGCUGGUACAAAAUCUCAUAGAACGAUGUCUGCAACUAUAUAUGAACCCAAAAGAAGUUGUGGAAACUCUACUAGCUCAAGCAAAAAUUGAGCCUGGUUUUACCGAACUUGUUUGGCAAAAGCUUGAAGAAGAAAAUCAAGAAUUUUUCAAGGCUUAUUAUUUGAGGUUGCUGCUGAAGGAGCAAAUAACAGAGUUCAACAGGUUGCUUAAGGAACAAGCUGAGUUAAGUCAGCUACAAUCAACUGCUGUUGCUUCACUACCCAACUCUAAUGGUUCACAUAUUUCUUCAUUACCUCAGAAUCCAUCUUGCUAUGCCUCUGAGCAAGCCAGUGCCGUUGUGAAGCCAGAGAAUAGGAGACAUGCUCUUGAUUCCACGUUACAUGAUGUGUUUAAUAAUGGCGGAUCAACACUGAACACGAGUAUUCGCGAUUUGACUCAGAUAUCUGCUCGUGGCAAUAGGAUUAGCAGCCCACCAAGCAUGCUUUCAUCUCAAAACUCAAGCUUGGGUUUGAUACAAGGAAUUAAUGGGGGAAUGAUAAAAUCAGAACCCGGAUAUUCGGGUAGUCCCCCUUACAUUUUUGGUCAUGAUGGCUCUGUCUUGGAAGCAUGCCCAACUAUUGGUGAUGCAGCUGUUACAUCAUUUAAUAGUGUUGACUCAAACUCCCAUUCUAUGAAUGGAGCACUCAUUGACCCAGAUAUUUCAUCAUUUGGAGUUUUGGGGCAGAUUUCCAGAAACCUCAGCCUUUCAGAUCUGACUGCUGAUUUUUCUCAGAGUUCUGAUAUAAUGGAGAGCUAUCCAAGGUGUCCCUACCUGGGUACUACUAAUGAGAACUACCUUCAAAAUGGAGAACAGAAUUGA